AUGGAAAUAACCGAAAUUGAUCAAGUUACAUUCGAUCAAAUAGAAAGAUGUGUUUCUAUUCUUAAUCUUGAACUUGAUUAUGAUAAAUUAUUUGAACAGAUGAUUGAUUUACAAUCAACUUUUAAAGAAGUAAAUUCUUAUCGCGAACCAUUAUUUAUUCAAAUAAAAAAAUAUAUUGGUAAUCAUGACGUCAAAAAACACAUAUUUGAUACAACAUGCGAUGCAUCAACUGAGGAUGAAGCAGCUGAUAAUGAAGAUGAACAAUUUCUUCACAAGACAUCAACGACACAGCAUCAUCAAAAGAUUCGACCUGAUCAAGUUUGGGCAUAUUUAAUUGCUAAAACCAUAACAAAUUGUGAUGAAAUAACAAAGCUUGUUUCUUACGUAUAUUCAAUUUCUUGUUCGAACGCAUUUGCAGAAGGUGUUUUUAGUCAUAUGAAGCCCUCAUGGACAGCUAGUCGAAAUUCGAUGCUAAGUAAAACAGUAGCAGCUGAAUUGAAAAUAAGAUUGAACUGUAAGACGAAAUAUGACCAGUUUUUUAAGUUUAUUCAAAAUGAAAAUGAAGUAAUUAAAAUUGCUCAAAGUUCACAAAAGUAUAGUCAUAAAAGAAAAACUUCUAGCUGA